AUGUCAAACAUCAAAUUCACUUUUGUUUCCUGUUUUUCUUUACAUAUUUGUGAUGAGUUUUGUUGUAUUGGUUUGAUAGAAGACCUUCUUAAAUCUCUGUUCUUGUGUUCAGAUACCUGUGAUCUUACACUGGAUCCAAACACAGCACACACUCUUCUCGUUCUGUCUGAGGACAAGAAGGUCAUGCGUGUGGAAGAACAGCAGUCGUAUCCUGAUCAUCCAGACAGAUUUGAGUGUUUUGAGCAAGUUUUAUGUAGAGAGAGUCUGACCGGACGCUGUUACUGGGAGGCUGAAUGGAGCGGACGGGGGGCUGGAAUCUCAGUGGUUUAUAAAGGAAUCAGCAGGAAAGGUCUGAGUGAAGACUGCUGGUUUGGAUACAAUGUCAAGUCCUGGAAUCUCUACUGCUCAAGCAGAAGUUACUCUGCCUGUCACAAUCUGAAGCAGACAGAUAUACCUUCAACAUCACCUCCAUCUAAUAGAGUAGGAGUGUUUGUGGACCGGCCGGCCGGCGCUCUGUCCUUCUACAGCGUCUCUGACACACACACACUCACACACUUACACACAUUCAACACAACAUUCACUCAACCGCUCUAUGCUGGAUUUGUGAUUUAUCCAGACUCACCUGUGAUGUUGCUGUAGUAGAACAGCUCAAUCCCCUUAGACACAGUUUACAGAUACAGAUACUUGUACAGUACGGAUUCUAUAGUAUUCUAUGAAUACAUAUUUAUUAAAUUGAUGAUUAUUGUUGGCAGACCGAUGAAGAUUAGGCACAUUUUCAGGCCAUUUUUUGGUUAAACCUUUUACAGAUAAUGCGAGAGGCUUGACAAAAUAAGUUCUCGGUGUAGCCUAUGUGAAAAAAAGAGAGGGCAUGUUAGCAUAGCUUAGCAAUCGUUUUUGAUGUCAUACCCUAUUGUAUUUUACUAGUAGUAUUAUGUGUAUAGCUGUUUAUGUGACAAAACUAAUUGGAUUGAAAAGCAAAAAGUGAUUAAAUCUCUUAGAUGGCACGUGACCUAAUGUGCUCAGUAUCACCAGCACUGAAGCAAAAUGUCCUGAAUCUGCACGAGUCAACAAUCUUCAUUCACAUUUAUGAUGGGACUGUGUUUGAAGACACCAUUCCCUGACCCAAACCUGUUACACUGCAGCUCUAGUCAGGACAGGAUCAUGAAAUCACCUUUGGGCGACCUAAAGGGUGAACAGUCCAGCUAAAGCAAACACUCAUCACCAUAAUGGUGACUAAAUAAAAUAAAUUCACAUUGAGCUCACAUAUUAUUCACACUGUCUCAUUGUGAGAAUGGUGUGACAUCACGUGUUGACUGGGUAAACCACUACACUUAGACUGAGCUUCAUGAGAUAUCAUUUUUGGAAUACCAUUUCUUUAUUAUUCUUAAAUUAAAAACAACACAAACAUGCUUAGGCCCACAUGCAUUUUAUUUUUAAUCACCAUGGAUAAUAGGCAGGUAGGUAUCCGUGUCAUCUUUUACCUGCAAUAAGAGUUGUUAGGUCAGUAAACAAUAUAGAAAGAGUUUCUAAAUCUCCAGUUUUAGGUUUGUGUUCUUUAUAUUGUCAAUGUAUUGAAGUUUUUUUUUUUUUUUUUGCAUUUAUUAAACAUUUAAAGAGUUUAAAACGUUUAUACAUGAAUGUGCCUUGUGGGGAGAGAAAUCAAUAAUUCACAAUACAUUAAAAGCAAUACAAUAGCACAACAAAAUCAUAUUUUCCUCAAGUCUGUAUUACGCUUUUCUGUGCAGACUCAGCAGAUGUAAAAGAUUUUCAGAUGGUGUGGAAUCCUGCAACUGCUACUGAGUUGAUCCAAUUUAAGAAACGUUAUUGAACUGGACAGUACCCCAAUUACUUUCCUCAGUAUCCUAUGCAGUGAACACUAAUGGGUAUAAAACACUUUAUUUUGUGGGGAAAACACCAUCUCAUUGCAAUUAACCACUAAAAAGAGAAUUUAUAAAAAACUGUACGAUCAGCUAUACAACUGCGUUAAAAUGUAAUAAAUAUCAAUGAAAGUAAUCUGUCUGUGCAUCGUUUGAAAUGUCAGGAAAUCUUCAAGCAGCGGUAAAAACUAUGGACGUAACUACGUCUUUUGAGGUAACAUAACAACCAGCCAAUAGCAGCGCUGCUGAUCACUGGUUCUUCUAUCGACACAUACUGCCUUUUCAAAUAGCGCGUGAGCGUGCAAUGAUCCCAGACAAUUUCAUCCAGAUGUACUAAUCAUACACAACAGGUGCGUUUGUAGAACCGAAUUAUAUAGAUCGUGAUUAGCGGGAUUAGGUCAUCUCGGAUGUUUCAUUUGAUCUUGGAUGUAGUAAGCGACGUACGAAGAACGGCCCCUGAAGUGAGGAAAGCUGUCAGUCAUUCGCAAUGUCCGUUAUGUAUAUUUACAGUAGCGAAACUAAUGAAUUAAGCAACGGAUUAGCGCUGACGUCACGCCUCGGUGUUUGACAAGGUUUGUGUAGGAGCGCCAGCGCGCGGACUGUGGCGGGAUUACGGCUGUUUAAAAUAACGGCAUUAAUUUGGUUAAGCGAUACAAAACUGUAAUGCGGCCAACAGACAUGGAACUAUUUCACAGCAUUACAUUUUUUUUC